CAGGUGGCAAGAAGGAUAGACUAUACGUCCCUGCUGCCGAUCAGCCCAUGGUGACGUCAUCAGAUGGCUGGAUGCAUCUGCAAGGAGACUUCAGCGCCCCCGAUACACCCCUGCGGUCAACACGACUCUACGUCUCAGGGCCACACCCGAUGGUCAAUUUCCUGGUGGAUUCAGCUUCACUGAAAGUUGCCCCGAAGGCUCCCCAGAACUGGAAGGCAGAUACGAAUCAAGUUAUUGACAGAAUACGCAAAUCCAAUAUCACUAUAAAAAUAACCUGGGACACGUCAGUCGAUCCCAACGCCUUAGAAAUCCAGUUGAAGCAGGUGAAACAUGGCUUUCCGUUUGGAACUGCGGUCAGGGCACAGCAGUAUCUCCAUGGUGACCGUCGCUAUAGUGACUUCAUCAACAAGCAAUACUGUUCUCGAGAACGACCUGAAAUGGCAAAUGAACGCAAGACAUUCUGGAGCUGCCCAUUAUGACACUGCUGUAGAGGCGCUCAACAAACUACGCUCAAAUGGACACCGGGCUAAUGCACACUGCCUUCUGUGGUCCAAGGUGGACAAGGUGCCGCCAUGGGUUCGACCUUUGAGAGGCAACACACUCCGAAAAGCAGUCACACACAGAAUAUCAGAGGCGCUCAAUAAAACAAAAGGACUAGUUGAGCACUGGGACGUGAACAACGAGAUCCUCCAUACCCAGUGGUUCCGGGAGACUCUCCAGGACAGGGACUACAACCUGGAGGUGUUCAGGAUCGCCCACCAGGUGGACCCCAGCAUGAAGCUGUUCUUCAACGAAAACACAGUCACAGCUCGCGGCGGAGAUACCAUGGCAUACCGUGAUAUGGCGAUGCGGUUCAAACAAGCCGGGGUCCCUGUACAUGGUAUGGGUGUCCAGACACACUUCAGGGACCUCACAGCACCAGACCCUUACCUUCUCAAGAAACGUCUAGACCUGCUUGCACAAGUUGGCCUCCCGCUGUGGGUGACCGAGCUGGACUUGUAUUCCCCGGAUGUGAACAAGCGAGCUGAUUGGUACGAGACUGCUCUGAGGUCAUUGUUCGGUCACCCGGCUGUGGACGGCAUCAUGCUGUGGGGGUUCUGGUCCGAGCAGCAGUGGCGUGGGGAACCUGCCUCGUUGGUCAGCGGACCUAACUUCCAGGUUAAUGCAGCUGGACAGAGGUUCUUUGACCUUCUGGAGAAAGAAUGGAUGACAAAUAUGACGACGAAGAUUUCCCAUGCCCACAGACAGAUAGAGGUGCGCGGUUUCCAUGGCGAUUACGAGCUGACGGCGACGUAUCAUGGACGUCCAAUACAAACAAAGGACAACAUUUACUCUGGGAAAAACGGACACUCAUGCAAAACUGCACAUUCCUAGACUGUCCGCUACUAUUAUUGGAUAAAAUAUGAACUUCUUAAAUAAUACGACUGUGGAAUAUCUGCCCAAACCUUUUAUUGAUGUACAUUUAUUGAACAGAAUAAACUACUACCGCACCACCA